AUGGUGUGUCAGCCAACUGAAGAACAACCUCAAUGGGGUGACUCUAUUGCUAGUCGCUCUUACAAACCACAAAACAAAGCGUUGUCACAUACCAAUCUAAUGAACAACUACUUCAACCCCAACUCGGUGUACACAGAAGAAGAUUUCAGACAUCGCUUCCGGAUGAGGCGUCAUGUCUUCAAGCGUUUACUUCAUGAUGUCCAAUUGGUCAAUCCAUACUUUCGACAGAAGCAGGACAGAGCAAGCUGCCCUGGUUUCUCACCUCAUCAGAAUGUUACUGUUGCACUCCGAAUGAUGGCCUAUGGCUCCCCAGCUGAUUCGAUGAAUGAAACUUAUGGUAUGUCUAAGUCUACAUGCCUUGAUACUCUUGAACAAUUUUGUGACAUAAUUGUUCAGGUUUACUAA